UCCUUCGUUCUUAAUCUCUUUCUUUUGCUGUAUUUUUUAUUUUUCUUCACACUUAUGUUUUUCAUUCAUGUAAGUGUUUCAAUUUUUAGCAGACUUCUUCUAAUUGUCUUCUUACUUCUCUGAAAUUUAUGAUUGAUGUCAUAAAUUGUAUUUUUUGUCAGACCCCCCACCAAGUAUAUAAGUUUUUGCAUGCAUUACUCAAGUAUCUAAGUUUCGACAUAUUUAUUACAUUGUCUUAACAAGUAUUGGCUUUAGUUCCCUAUUUUUUCUGUGGUAUAUAUUGUUACUAACUCUACUUUUGGAGUUUGUCCAUUUCGAAGAAUCUGAAAUGUUUGAUUGAACCAGAAUUCGGUAGGGCUCGAAUGCCGCGAAGCUUCGGGUGGUACGGUUACAGAUCCAAACAAAGCAAUGGUACACAGAAUUAGUCACCUUAGCAGAAAGAAAAAAGCAAAAGUUCAAAAGGCAGAGAAGAACAACGAGAUUGAGACAGAGGAUGAAUAUCUGUCUUUAGAUUCCGCAAGAAACUCCUUCUUUCAAGCUCUUAAAGGUACUAGAGACAAUUUUUUCAAAGUACAAAGCAAUUCACCUCACAUUUUGUGUAAGCAUUUUUUGUUCCUUUUUGUGGGUUUUUGGUUUGCAAAAUUCAUUGGAAUAGAAUGUCAAGAUGGGAGGUUUGGGUCGGGAUCUCUAUUGAAGAAACCAGACAGGCGAAGACCUGCUUCAUUAGAUCUAAACAAUGAUGUGGUAAAUACCUGUCAUUCUUCUUCUCCGCGUUUUGGAGUCAUGAAGAAGACUCCCAUUACGACUAGCCGAGUUGGUACAUUUCCAAGUCCAAGAACACCAAAUUAUCGUCAUUCCAAUAUUGGGAUUCAAAAAGGGUGGAGUUCAGAACGUGCGCAAUUAAAUACUGCAUUGCUGCCUUAUAAUAAUGGAAGGGCAUUACCUUCCAAAUGGGAAUAUGCAAAGAGGUGGGUUUUUAGCCAGGUCUCGAGAGCUGGUUCUGUUAGAAAUUCAUUACAGAAGCAGCAGAGGCGGCCUAAAACCAAAAUCGGGCCUCUUGGUCCUCCUGGUCUAGCUUACUAUUCAUUGUAUUCUCCUGCACCACCUGUUUUUUAAGGGAGGAAAUGGUGGUAAUCUGUUAGCCAAUUACCCUUUUUCAACCGGAGUGAUGACAAAUGAUGGUUUGCCAAUUCAUUGUGGAGGCAGCCGGGGCAGUGGAAACUUUCAUGCGUGGCAAGGUCCGUUAGUGUGCAUGGAUGCUCUGAAUUGGUCUGUUUAUCGACCUUGCUUAUUUCCCAAGGUACUGAUUUUUCUGAGUUCGUUGGGUUUUGCACCCUCACGUAUGACCUCUUUUGUGAUUUGCAUCCUUAUUUUAUAAUUUGCACCCUAACCUUCAACCUUUCUUGCAAAUAAAAGAAACUUACUCUUUUUUUAAAAAAAAUUCACGAGGGCAAAAUUGAAAUAUAAAUAUUUUUUUCUUCUGAAAAAAGGCACAAAACAAGAAAAACUGCUAAAUAAAAAUGAUUUUCUCUGUCAUUAUCAUGGAAUCAGGAUUCUUCCUAACUCCUUGAAGAUUAUGGGUAACUCAAGAAGCUUUAUGUCAAAACCACAUAAAAGUUUAGCCUCACAUGACAAUUUCAAACUACAACUCAAAUAUCCACUUUCCGCUUGACAGCUUUUGACAUUGCAUAUAUAAACUAGAUGAAUAAUGCCGAGGUACAUAAAAAUGCAUUGAUGAUUUUUUUGUUGUUGUUGGAUAAUCAAGUAAAAAUUUAAAAACUUUGAUGUGCUCAGUAGUUUGAUCAUCAAGUGCAUAACGAGGUCCUGAGGAAGUCCUAGCUGCCUCAAGAGUCAGGAGUUCCCAUUCUUGGGAUACCUAAGGAAAUCCUUGAAAAAGAUCAUAUAUGAAUUGACUAAAUAUAAUGACAAGCAAAGGGUAUUGUAGUACAGACCAAACGUGAAUAUGCUAACCAUAGUACCCUCAAGUAAAUUAGAUAAUAAUUGAAGAGACAUUCCCAACGAAAACAAUCAAGAAUCCUAUUCAGAUUAGUAUUCUUUGGGCAUGAAGGGCCAAUUGACAGUUUAUGUCUAUUGAGUUGAUGUAAAAACUUAGCUUAAGGAAACAUUUGUAGCAUUCUCAACCCCAUAUCAGCUUUGAAUGGUGAACUUGUAUUAUUAACACCUUUAAAUAGGAAACCAGUAUCCAUGAAUCCAAUUUGAAGGGAGUUUGAUAGUCCUCACAUAAUUUUUUUUUGUCUAUUUUAUUCCUAAUUAAAGUUUUAAUGACCUUACAAGCUUUCAUUCAUUUUAGUAAAAAAAAAAUUUAUACGAGCUUAUAUUAAAUAUCAUACAAAAAGUGAUGAGUCAUAAAAUAAGUGAUAGUGAUACAAUAGAAGAUCUUUAUCUAAUUAAAUUCAAAAUUUGUUCUCUUCUUUUAUGUGAAAAUAGUAAUAAGAGAGACCUUAUUUUUUAGUUCUUACAAGAAAUCGUUUGUCCAUUUUAUCUCUAAUUAAAGUUUUAAUAAUAAAAUUCCACCCAUAGAAGGAACAUCCAUAAAAUUAUUUGUUCAUCGGACCUUUUAAUUAGUUAAUUUAUCAGUUUUUUUUUUGUUUAAAUUCUAUGUUAUUUUUAAAAAAAUAUAUUUAUAUUCCAAUUUUGUCUUCGUGGAAAAUAUAGAAAAAGAGUAGUUUCAUUAUUUUACAAGCCUAGGGUGCAAAUCAUAAAAUAGAAUAGAAUAGGGUGUAAAUCACAAAAGAGGUCAUAUGUUAGGGUGCAAAGCGCAACGGACUCGAUUUUUCUUCCCAGUUGACUGCUUGUUUGCUUAAUGUAAAUAAUAUGUUACCUUACUAUUCAUUGCACAUUGAUUUGCGUUACAACAUCAUAAUAGUAAAAUGUAGCAUUCUUUUAGACGAUAAUUCCUAGAAGAAAGAGGUAAUAUGCAAGAAGAUUACAAAUAGAGCCCAUUGGUUAAUUGGUUGCAAUAUUUGAUUGUUCCUUUGAAAGAUUGAGACCUACAUUUCCACUAUUAAAAGCACAGCUUACUUCUAAGGUCUCUACCAAAAUGGUUAACCAGCUUUUUGGUUGGAGAUUUGAUGUCGCUGAAAGUGCACCCAUUUUCAUUAACGGGAUGCACUGUCAAGAAAAGUGACCAGAAAAAAAGAAACAAAAGUUCAUUUUCUGUUAUCAUUAGAAGUUUAGUAGUUAGAUAUAUGAUCAAGCUCAACUCAAAUUCCUUGAAUCUUUGCUACAGAUUGUUGUAGCUUUUUAUGUGCAAAUACCCCUCUGAUUGGCAUAAUGCUUUUUCCUUUAACUAAUUCAACAACCCUCUUCAGAUGUACUGCAACCAUACUUUGAUCUUGUGUAGCUAUUGUUAAAAAUUGCUUGAAGUUGUCCAAACACCUACUUGUGGGGAAGUUCCUACCUUUCAAAAUUGGCAGUGAUGAUAAUUUAGCCUUGAGAGAGAUGGGAGAAUCCUCAUCAUAUUUUAAGCCCAGAAAGGAAGAAUGAAACAUCGAAGAGAGGAUUUUCUGUAAAGGGUGGUUGCCCCAUCUCUUCAUGUCCAUGAUUUCUUCUCAAUUAAUUGAAAACCAAGAGUAUUUUCAGAAGAAAAAAGAACAAGAAUAUUGAUUUUCGUAUGUAUAUAUAUAUUUGGUUAACUUCAUUUAAGCCAGCAGAUGGACCAUUGUAAUACCAUUAAAAUGCUUAUUCCAUUCAUAAUUUGGUGUAUUACCCCUCUUUAAUGUGUCAUUAUUUAUUUUCGUAACUUUUAGAUUUCCAUAAACCUUAUGUUACAGUGAACUCUUUGUACUUGUACUAACUAAUGUUGUUCUUAAUUUA